UAUAAAUAUGAAAGCCAAGGACUUAAGCCUAAUGAUAAGCAGCCCCAAAGUGUCCACCCCUGUAGUUGGUCAUUUGAAUCCAAAGAAUUCUAAAUUAAAGUCUAUUUCUAAAAUCACUAGGAUUUCUGUAAAAUGUAGUGCAAGUGUCAAGGAACUCAGGCCUGACUUAUAAACAACAAAAAACUUGCCAUGAACCAGAAAAAUUGCUCAACAGGAUAUCCUGGCCUAGCCAAGGCGUCUAUAUCCAAUAUAUCAAUUAAAGAUAGUGGAACUGACCAAAAAUCGAAGCCAGCUUGUAUGGUUCCUAAUUUAAAACUUUUGGGUGAAAAAGAGCUAAAUUUGAAUACACUCAAGCUAGAGGCAAGUUCAGAAAAGGCCAAGCAUAAGUACAAAAAGUCUUAUGACAUCCAGAACAGAAUGCAGAUACUUAAUAACAAGAAAGUUAUUGAUAUGAGGAAAAGUCCUGUGGAACUUACUGGGUCAAGCGAAGAAGUUGAUUCUUCAAUCGAAUCUGAGUUACAAAAGCGGGCUCGGAAAUUUGUAGGGUCAAUGGUGAUCAGUAAGAAGUCAAAAUUUUAUAAGCAAACACACAGUGGAUCAAAGUUAUACACUGAAUUUGGACACCCAGGAUCAACGAAGAAACCAGGGGAAAGGAGCUCAAAUCCGAAGUUGAUGUUCACUGAACAACUAAGCAGGCGGAUGACUAAUAAUAAAAAGAAGAAUGUAGGAAAAAGAAUUAAGAAGCGGUCUAACAAAACUGCUACUAGUAUGACCCAUGCUAGAAUGAUGAUACUCUUGGAAUACAAGUCGAGGAAAGAUCGUGAUUUUGAGAGACAGAGGGUCAUCAAAGUUUUUAAAUAAGGGAGUUUUGGAUCUUUGACUCAAAAUAUUCAAUGACUUUAGGAAUAUAAGGAGGAAGUAUAAGCUUCCUAAAGUAGUCAUCCAAAGGAAAAUUGAUAUUGAAAAGUAUUAUUCAACAAUUCAACCUCAUAUUUAUGGAAAAGGCCAUUCUUCUUGAAGCUCUGAUGGAGCUGAGAAUGAUAUUCACUUAUUGCCAGGAGCAAGGAGAGACGCAAUUUCAACUGCUAAAUUAGCAGGUGUGUUCAGUUCACAACCACCAAGAGGCAAAACUCCAGAAGUAUCUCUCCCAAAAUAAUAUGAGGAAAGUCCUUUCACAAAGCAAAGGAUCUAGAAAGAAAACGUUCAAGGAUUUCUCAGCAUCUAGCACUUUUCUAAAACCUGCACCAAUCUCUGUUUCUAGGAAUCCGCUGAUGCAGAAGCAUAUCAAACUUGAUUUCAGACCAAAGAGAAAAUAAUAGUAAUGCUGGAGAAGCACCUCUCACUCUGUUUUCUCAUGACGAGCAUCAGAGUAAAAGAGCAAGUCCUUCUUUAUACACAACACAGAAGCUCAAGCAAAUAAACUCUGUAAAUACCUCUAAAAGUUAUUCACAAUUUUUGGAGCUUACAAAGAAGGAAAGCAGGUUAAAACUCAAAGCUAAGCUUCAAGGCCAACCAAGGUUCACCAAGGUAUUCCAUAAAUACAUGAGACUCGCUGCUUCGAAGAAAGAUGAAGGCAAAAAAGUAGUUGGAAAAGGUAAAGUGGCAGCUCAAAAGAAGGAGUAAACUCACUGGCUGCUUUUGACCUCUUCUUAAUCUUC